CGGUUGCACACCUGGUCAGUGGUCGGUCACACUCCCUUCAAGAAACCCUUCUGCUCCCCGUUCAAGCGCAACAGCAGCGGGCGGCAUCCUCGCCGGCGCGGUACGGGCGGCAAAUGGACCAACACCGGGACGGCGCUGGGGCAGCUGGAGCCUGCAUGGUUUGGGUGUUCUUGGUGAGCAAUUGUUCGGAGGGCCCGUUAACUUUCAUACUCCAAAGUCCAAACUUAGUAGAACCGAUGGCACAAGAGACGCAGCCGCACUUGCAGCCACCGUCAUCAUGGUCGGAAAUCCCGAUGGACCUGGCCGUCCUGGUGCUUGGGCUGCUCCCUGCGUAUGCCGACCGCGCCCGCUUCGCCGCUGUGUGCCCGCAGUGGCGCACCGCUGUGAGGCAGCCCCUUCCACCGCCACUUCCACUGCUCGCGCUCCCGGACGGCACCUUCUACAGUCACCCUUACAGCAAGUUGUUCCAUUUCCCUGGCUGCGGUUUCGCUGAGUACAAGAGCGUCUGCGGCAGCUGGCUCGUCUUUCCGCGCGAUGACGGGUGCUUCCUGGUCAAUCCCUUCUCCAGGGCCACUGUGACGCUCCCUGCUCUCUCCCGUGUCCGACUCCGGCCUCCAAAUGCAGUUGCUAAAUGGGCAGAAGAGGGAGGGGAGAAAGUUCCUGCUCCUUACGUCACAUGGUUGCAUAUCAAUGAAUCAAAGAUGCUGCAUAUAAGUAAGCUAAUUCUGUGCUCGCCAAACCUUGUCGCUGCACUGGUCGGCAUUGGAGACACCAGUCAGAUUCUGAUGUGCCAGCCAGGGGCCUUGUCGUGGUCUGUACGCGCGUACGAUCGGUGUAAGGGGUUCGAAGAUAUGGCAUUCUACCAGGGUAAGCUCUACGCUAUCGCUGAUGACGAGAACCUACUUGUUGUGAACAUCAACGAGGACCAUAGAACUGGGGAUCCACAAGUUUCUCGGAUUGGACAAGUGAUAAAGGGUGAUCCAUGGUACCCAUAUCCUGAGGGCCACAUUAUUCCCUGCAAGAAGAUCUACCUGGUUGAAUCGUGUGGGGCACUGCUUAUGGUACGCAGGGCGAUUUGGUGCCGGUUUGUUCAACCUGGAGUCAGCGGUGAAGUUGUUGCUGGACAGAGCGAGUUUGAGGUUUUCGAGGCUGACUUUGAGCAUUCACGUUGGGUCAAGGUGUCGACCGUGGGGGGCGACCAGGUGCUGUUUCUAGGGCGAAGGUGCUCCAGGGCCAUGUCAGUGUCCCAGUACAACGAGUUGUCGGGCGAUCGCAUUGUGUUCUUGGAUGAUGACGAGCAGAACCGUGUGGACUACCUCUACGAUGUGGAGUACAGUUCUUGCAGCGCCUACGAUAUCAGAUCUGGCGCGGUCCGUUCUUGUCAUCCAAAGAUGUCCUGGAAGCGCUGCAAGGAGAUGGAUCUGGCGGCAUGGCUCUUCCCUCAGGACGGAUGAGAAGGUGCACAUAGUGUUGUUUCUUAUUUCUAUGCAAGCUUCUUCCAGGCUAUCUGACCGUGCUAUAAAUCAGUGCUUAUCGUUGCAAACUGCUCACAGAUUAUCUAUCUGACUGGUAUGUAUGGUGGUUGGUAUGUUGUCCAGCGGUUCCCCAACAAGCCUUAAAAUGAUGUGUUGUUAUUUAUCUGAACUUUAUUGUUCUGUUAAUUGGCGUGCAUCAGUGCUGUUCUGAACUUAAGGUGCCACUAUGAAGGCUGUUAGAUGCAUACGUUUGCUGUACCGAUGAAUGAUGGUAAAAAUGUAGCGAUGUUAUAUGUCAGUUAUCCUAGUUAUAUGGUGGUAUCUUCUUGUUUUAUGCGAGAACUGUUUGUUGGUC